AGAAGCAGGAGAAGCAACAUGGGAAAGCUGCGUGUCCGCUCUGCUCUGGUGACUGGGGCCAACCGGGGAAUCGGCCUCGGGCUGGUCCAGCACCUGCUGGCAUUGCCAAACCCACCUGAGUGGGUCUUUGCAACUUGUCGCGACCCCAAGGGACAGCGAGCGCAGGAGCUGCAGAAAUUGGCCUCCAAGCACCCCAACCUGGUCAUCGUCCCGCUCGAAGUCACCGAUCCCGCCAGCAUCAAGGCGGCCGCAGCCAGCGUCGGGGAGCGCCUCAAGGGCUCGGGGCUGAACCUCCUCAUCAACAACGCUGGGAUCCUAAGGGCAAACACGCUUGACAAUGAAACACUGAAGGACAUGGCCGAGGUGUACAUGACCAACACCAUUGCACCUCUGCUGCUCAGCCAGGUAAUGUGCUCACCCACAGCUCCAGGAACGUCCCUGUACUGCAUCCCUCAGGUCCUCAAUACAGGAAGGAUGGGGCCCGUGGGACAGAGCCCUCCUCUACUCUCUCCCUGCUGAGUUCCUGCCCUGGUGUCAGGUCCUGCACAUUUCAGGUCCCACUCAGAUCCCUUGCUCUCAGGAGUAGGUGUUCAAAUCAGUGCAGAAUGGGCUGAGCACAAGAUGCCCAUUCCGGUUGGGACCAGGAGGCAGGCUGAAGCAUUUGGCACUCUGGAGCCUGGGGCCACAAUAU